GCGGAACUUAGCGCGACAGAUCCCCCGUGCCCAUUCCAAUCACCCCACGUUCCAGGCCAAAUCCAGCAAAUCCAAUUUUCCCCUCAGCAGGACAGAACUCAGCCUUUCUCCUUUGCCGACUAAGAACCCCUCCAUUACAAGAAGAGCUGCUGAUGAUACAAACAAUCGUGGCCCCUAGACCUCGGGAAGGUCAUCUCUAUCCGCCGCCAAACUUUCACAAGCAACCCAGAACAAACCCGGCUCCGUACUACGCCAUGGACCAACAAACACCACAAGAAUUCAUCCUCGAGGCCUUCGCCGAUCCAGCGUCGGUACGAGAUGUAGUGCGAGGCAUCCUGCACACGAUCUUCUUCCACCGGUUCUUCCCGUCGCUGACGCCGCGCUCGCGCGAGGUCCUUGACAUCACGCUGCCGUACGUCGAAGAUGCCGAGCUCGACACGAUGAUCGAGAAGCGGGCGGCCGAGCUGGCGCGCGAGCUCGACGCCGAACGCACGACGCACGUCCACACGCACACUCGCUCACUGUCUCACCCGGUCCAGCAGCAGCAACAACAACAACAGACCAGAGGCAGCGGCGGCCGCGGCCACAUCUCGGUCCAGUUCUUCGAGAAGAAACGGAGGAAGACCUGGUACAUGCGCGCGUACGGCGGCGGCGACGAGGAGAUCUGCUGGGAGUCGUGGACCGUCAAGGUCACCGUGGCCGAGCCGCGCACAGAUAGUGAACGAGCCAAGGUCCGCAAGGCCAUGGAACAAACCCUCCUGACGACCGCCAUGAAGAUCGUGACCUGCGUCAACUCCCACAAAGACCACAUCCCGCCCAUCACCACGAGCGAGGCCAACCCCUUCCCCUACCAGAUCAACGUCAACCAGAAAGACGCCGGCUGGGCCACUCGCAUGGGUAUCUACUAGUGGAACCUGAAGCCUAAGCUCAAGUCGCUCUCCUCCUUCCGUACCGUCGAGUAAUAAUAGUAGUAGUAGAGGAAACAAGAGGGCAUUGGGGUUUAGCCGAAGGGUGGCCGAGCCAGGGUGAGGAAGUGUGGUAAUGCAUUAGUAUUGUAUUGGCAAAGCGGAAUAAAAUAAUCAUUGGGGCUGGCGUUAAAUCGAUCGUUUCCGGAUUAUUUUUGAGAGGAAUGGGACUGGCGCCUAGGGAAACCCCCCCUUGUGAUAUAGACUUGGUUUCUUCACGGAUUUUUGUCAUGGUGGUAGGCUGGUUUGACUACGCCCAGAUAAUUCAAUGAUACCCCAUCAUAGAUAUGGCAUACAUUAAGAAUUUAAUAAGUUUGUUCCGUGAAA